AAGUACCCCCACAGUUCAGCUCCACCGGGCCCUCCCAGCCCCGCCGCCGUCCCCCUCCCCCGCCCUGGCUCUCUUUCCGCGCUGCUGUCAGCCUCGGCGUCCCACAGAGAGGGCCAGAGGUGGAAACGCAGAAAACCAGACCAGGAUUAUCAGAGAUUGCCCGGAGAGGGGAUGCGACCCCUCCCCAGGUCGCAGCGACGGCGCACGCAAGGGUCACUGAGCAUGCGUUGGCUACCCGGCGCCGGGGACCGCUCCCACCCCGCCUACCGCAGCGCCCCGUCCUUCCGCAGCCCAACCGCCUCUUCCCGCCCCGCCCCAUCCCGCCCACGGGCUCCAGUGGGCGGGACCAGAGGAGUCCCGCGUUCGGGGAGUAUGUCAAGGCCGUGACCCGUGUAUUAUUGUCCGAGUGGCCGGAACGGGAGCCAACAUGGCAGCGGGUUUCGGGCGAUGCUGCCGGGUCCUGAGAAGUAUUUCUCGUUUUCAAUGGAGAUCACAGCAUACAAAAGCCAAUCGACAACGUGAACCAGGAUUAGGAUUUAGUUUUGAGUUCACCGAACAGCAGAAAGAAUUUCAAGCUACUGCUCGUAAAUUUGCCAGAGAGGAAAUCAUCCCAGUGGCUGCAGAAUAUGAUAAAACUGGUGAAUAUCCAGUCCCCCUAAUUAGAAGAGCCUGGGAACUUGGUUUAAUGAACACACACAUUCCAGAGAACUGUGGAGGUCUUGGACUUGGAACUUUUGAUGCUUGUUUAAUUAGUGAAGAAUUGGCUUAUGGAUGUACAGGGGUUCAGACUGCUAUUGAAGGAAAUUCUUUGGGGCAAAUGCCUAUUAUUAUUGCUGGAAAUGAUCAACAAAAGAAGAAGUAUUUGGGGAGAAUGACUGAGGAGCCAUUGAUGUGUGCUUAUUGUGUAACAGAACCUGGAGCAGGCUCUGAUGUAGCUGGUAUAAAGACCAAAGCAGAAAAGAAAGGAGAUGAGUAUAUUAUUAAUGGUCAGAAGAUGUGGAUAACCAACGGAGGAAAAGCUAAUUGGUAUUUUUUAUUGGCACGUUCUGAUCCAGAUCCUAAAGCUCCUGCUAAUAAAGCCUUUACUGGAUUCAUUGUGGAAGCAGAUACCCCAGGAAUUCAGAUUGGGAGAAAGGAAUUAAACAUGGGCCAGCGAUGUUCAGAUACUAGAGGAAUUGUCUUCGAAGAUGUGAAAGUGCCUAGAGAAAAUGUUUUAAUUGGUGACGGAGCUGGUUUCAAAGUUGCAAUGGGAGCUUUUGAUAAAACCAGACCUGUAGUAGCUGCUGGUGCUGUUGGAUUAGCACAAAGAGCUUUGGAUGAAGCUACCAAGUAUGCCCUGGAAAGGAAAACUUUCGGAAAGCUACUUGUAGAGCACCAAGCAAUAUCAUUUAUGCUGGCUGAAAUGGCAAUGAAAGUUGAACUAGCUAGAAUGAGUUACCAGAGAGCAGCUUGGGAGGUUGAUUCUGGUCGUCGAAAUACCUAUUAUGCUUCUAUUGCAAAGGCAUUUGCUGGAGAUAUUGCAAAUCAGUUAGCUACUGAUGCUGUGCAGAUACUUGGAGGCAAUGGAUUUAAUACAGAAUAUCCUGUAGAAAAACUAAUGAGGGAUGCCAAAAUCUAUCAGAUUUAUGAAGGUACUUCACAAAUUCAAAGACUUAUUGUAGCCCGUGAACACAUUGACAAGUACAAAAAUUAAAAAAAUUACUGUAGAAAUAUUGAAUAACUAGAACACAAGCCACUGUUUCAGCUCCAGAAAAAAGAAAGGGCUUUAACGUUUUUUCCAGUGAAAACAAAUCCUCUUAUAUUAAAUCUAAGCAACUGCUUAUUAUAGUAGUUUAUACUUUUGCUUAACUCUGUUAUGUCUCUUAAGCAGGUUUGGUUUUUAUUAAAAUGAUGUGUUUUCUUUAGUACCACUUUACUUGAAUUACAUUAACCUAGAAAACUACAUAGGUUAUUUUGAUCUCUUAAGAUUAAUGUAGCAGAAAUUUCUUGGAAUUUUAUUUUUGUAAUGACAGAAAAGUGGGCUUAGAAAGUAUUCAAGAUGUUACAAAAUUUACAUUUAGAAAAUAUUGUAGUAUUUGAAUACUGUCAACUUGACAGUAACUUUGUAGACUUAAUGGUAUUACCUCUGCCCGGCCGCCCCUAGCGGGAAGUGAGGAGCCCCUCUGCCCGGCCAGCCGCCCCCUCCGGGAGGGAGGUGGGGGGGUCAGCCCCCCGCCGGGCCAGCCGCCCCGUCGGGGAGGUGAGGGGCGCCUCUGCCCGGCCGCCCCUACUGGGAAGUGAGGAGCCCCUCUGCCCGGCCAGCCGCCCUGUCCGGGAGGGAGGUGGGGGGUCAGCCCCCCGCCCGGCCAGCCGCCCCGCCCGGGAGGGAGGUGGGGGGGGUCAGCCCCCCGCCCGGCCAGCUGCCCCGUCCGGGAGGUGAGGGGCGCUUCUGCCCGGCCGCCCCUACUGGGAAGUGAGGAGCUCCUCUGCCCGGCCACCACCCCAUCUGGGAGGUGUACUCAACAGCUCAUUGAGAACGGGCCAUGAAGACAAUGGCGGUUUUGGGGAAUAGAAAUGGGGGAAAGGUGGGGAAAAGAUUGAGAAAUCGGAUGGUUGCUGUGUCUGUGUAGAAAGAGGUAGACAUGGGAGACUUUUCAUUUUGUUCUGUACUAAGAAAAAUUCUUCUGCCUUGGGAUCCUGUUGAUCUGUGACCUUACCCCCAACCCUGUGCUCUCUGAAACAUGUGCUGUAUCCACUCAGGGUUGAAUGGAUUAAGGGCGGUGCAAGAUGUGCUUUGUUAAACAGAUGCUUGAAGGCAGCAUGUUCGUUAAGAGUCAUCACCACUCCUUAAUCUCAAGUACCCAGGGACACAAACACUGCGGAAGGCCGCAGGGUCCUCUGCCUAGGAAAACCAGAGAACUUUGUUCACUUGUUUAUCUGCUGACCUUCCCUCCACUAUUGUCCUGUGACCCUGCCAAAUCCCCCUCUGCGAGAAACACCCAAGAAUGAUCAAUAAAAAAGAAAAAAAAGUAAAUAAAAAAUAAAGUUCUUUUUACUGCAGUUUGGAAAGCAUUUGUGAAACUUUCUGUUUGGCACAGAAACAGUCAAAAUUUUGACAUUCAUAUUCUAUUUUACAGCUACAAGAACUUUCUUGAAAAUCUUAUUUAAUUCUGAGCCCAUAUUUCACUUACCUUAUUUAAAAUAAAUCAAUAAAGCUUGCCUUAAAUUAUUUUUAUAUGAUUGUUGGUCUCUAGGUAGCCUUUGGUCUAUUGUACACAAUCUCAUUUCAUAUGUUUGCAUUUUGGCAAAGAACUUAAUAAAAUUGUUCAGUGCUUAUUAUCA